UUUUGUCUACACGAGCUAUUCAGGUUCUUUUAAAUGUGUCCUAACAGUACCUUGAGAAUGAUACUGGAAACUUAAUAACUUAAUUUGGAUUUAAAUAAAAAAUGUGCCACAUUAAAGUUCUUAUUGCUUCAUAUUGACAGGUAUCAGGAGUUAAAAUGACCUUGAAAAGUAUUCAAAGCAUGGACUGUGAAAUGAACUCCUUCCACCUGAUACUGAAAGAAGGUAAACUGAAGCUCUAAAAAUGAUGACGUGCUCAUUGGCCAGUUACAGGAAAAGUGCAGAUAAGGCAACUAAAUAAGGACUGUGGUAUGAGGGUUUCAUCAGAUAAACUGUCCAAAAGAACUACUUACCUGGAGACUGUUUUAUUAAAUUAUUGAGCUCUGCACUGUGUGAGCCUCCCUAAUACCCCAGCACUUCUGCAUAUGAAAUGCUUCAAAAGAAGGAACUGCUGUGGCUUAUUUAUGACUGAAGCGAAUUACAUUGGAUAUAAAAAUGCCAAUUUUAAGUGGCAAAUGACACUGGAGUUACAGUAUGCUUGCCCUUCUGCAAAGAACUGCAAGUUACUGCUCUUAAAAGAUGCCUCAGCUGUAUAAGAACCAUUCAAAGAAGGAAACCUUUUACAUCCCUGUGAUUGUGUGUCUUGAGGAAUGCAGGGUGCAGAGGGCAGUGCCGCUUGAACGGUCUUACUACACCCAUGGAAAAAACUUCUGGUUUGCAACAAAAUAUGACAUCUAUAUUUUUGCUCAUUGGUCAUAUCAUUGUAGUGAUACCUCUCUUCAGUGCUGGGUGUGUUAUUUGUGAUUACUUUGUCCUUGCUGGAGAGCCUACAGCUAUUACUUGCCCAAUAAUUACAUUGCCAGUGCUUCACUCUGAUUAUAAUUUGACAUGGUAUAAAAAUGGUAGUGCUACACCAGUGACCACACAGAGAGAUGCCAGGAUCCACCAGCGAGAGGGCUUGCUUUGGUUUAUUCCUUCAAUGCUGGAAGAUUCUGGACUUUAUGAAUGCAAUGUAAGGAGCCUGAACCACUCUAACAAAAAAACUAUAAACUUAACAGUUUUUAAGAACGAUAAUGGUUUGUGUUUUAAUGGAAAAAUGAAGUUUGAACAAAAAGUGAUCAGCACGAAUACCGGAAAGAUUAUAUGCCCUGAUCUAGAACAAUUUAAAGAUGAAGAAAAUAAUAAGCCUGAAGUACAUUGGUAUAAGGAGUGUAAACCUGGAUUUCUUGAAGACAAGCGACUUAUUUUGGCAGAAGGUGAAAAUGCUGUCUUGAUUCGUAAUGUCACUGUUCAAGACAGAGGAAACUACACGUGCCAUGUGGUAUACACAUAUAUGGGAAAACAAUAUAAUGUUUCAAGAACCAUAAGUCUAGAGGUUAAAGAAAAGCCACUGCAGGUGCAACCAGAGUUUAUUUAUCCGAGGAACAAUACAAUUGAAGUAGAACUUGGCUCUCAUAUAGUUAUGGAAUGUAACAUCUCAAGUGGCAUAAAUGGCUUGAUUCCAUUCUGGCAAGUUAAUGAUGAGGAUGUUGAUAUCUUUGAUAAAACCUACAGGGAACAGUUUUAUGAAGAGGGGUUGCCUCAUGGACUUGCUGUAUCUGGAACAAAAUUUAACAUUUCAAAAGUGAAAGAAAAGGACUAUGCUCAUAAAUUCUUCUGCCACUUCAUAUAUGGUUCUCAACAAUUUACAGCCUACAUCAAAUUGGAAUACCCAGCUCGAAACAUUCAGGGAUACUUAAUUGGAGGAGGAGUUUCCUUGGUAUUUUUAGUAUUUUUUACUCUCUUUAUCUACAAGAUCUUCAAAAUUGAUAUUGUGCUUUGGUAUCGGGACUCCUGCCAUCCUUUCCUGGGGAAAAAAGUUUCAGAUGAGAAGAUCUAUGAUGCUUAUGUUCUGUAUCCAAAGAACAGAGAAAGCUGCUUGUAUUCAUCAGAUAUUUUUGCUCUGAAGAUACUGCCAGAGGUCUUAGAAAGACAGUGUGGAUAUAACCUCUUCAUACUUGGGAGAGAUGAUUUACCAGGAGAAGCUGUGAUCAGCGUUGCUGAUGAAAAAAUCCGUCAAAGUAGGAGAGUGAUAGUUGUUUUAGUUCCAGAGCCCUCCUGUUACAGCAUUCUGGAAGAUGAGUCUGAAAAGCAGCUAGCCAUGCAUAGUGCUCUUAUCCAAGAGGGCAUGAAAGUAAUUCUCAUUGAACUUGAAAAAAUACAAGAUUAUGCAACCAUGCCAGAAUCUAUCAGAUAUAUUAAACAAAAGCAUGGGGCUGUCCGAUGGAAAGGGGACUUCUCUGAAAGGUCCCACUCAGCAAGUACCAGAUUCUGGAAGAAAGUGCGCUACCAGAUGCCAUCCAGAAAAAGUGGCUCUUUAUCAGGAUUGCAUUUGUUACCAAAAGACUUGAAUUUGCCUUAAAUAACAAAUGAGAAAUGACACUUAACGACUGAUUCAGUUCACACAGUUGGUGAUGGAUUGACUGAAGGCCACAUGUAUCUGUUUUGUGCAAUCUCAUCCCGAUAUACUGGAGUGAUGGUACUACGGCUUCAUCUACAGAAGUGAAUUUUUUUUACUUCUGGCUGGAUCAACAGAACACUGAAAUAUCAUCAGUAGCACACGUAGGAAGUACACAAGUACUUUUCCAAGAAUGAUUCUGUGAAAUUCCCUUGUAUUAAAAAUGAAAGGACAAAAAAUUGAAACCGGUGAAGAAUUUUUUUUUUUUCUGCAGGUAAAGUUUCAAUAUGAAGGGAAUGACACUAAUUAUGGUUGUGAUAUUACGUAAUGUGCAUGGCUGGUGCCAGUAAAUGUUUGUUUCUCGUUUUUUUU